GGGCCGCCGGAGCGGCCGCACCGGGCGAUGCGAUGACAACGUCCACCCUGCAGAAGGCCAUCGACCUGGUCACCAAAGCCACUGAGGAGGACAAGGCCAAGAACUACGAGGAGGCAUUGCGGCUGUACCAGCACGCCGUGGAGUACUUCCUGCACGCCAUCAAAUAUGAGGCUCAUAGCGACAAGGCCAAGGAGAGCAUCAGGGCCAAGUGCAUGCAGUAUCUGGACCGGGCGGAGAAGCUGAAGGAGUACCUGAGGAGCAAGGACAGGCACGGCAAGAGGCCUGUCAGGGAAGCACAGAAUUACAACAAGGGGAGUGACAGUGACAGCGAGGGCGAGAACCCUGAGAAGAAGAAGCUGCAGGAGCAGCUGAUGGGUGCCAUCGUGAUGGAGAAGCCCAAUGUGCGGUGGAAUGACGUGGCUGGGCUGGAGGGAGCCAAGGAAGCCCUGAAGGAGGCCGUAAUCCUGCCCAUCAAGUUCCCACACCUGUUCACAGGGAAGCGCACACCCUGGCGAGGGAUCCUGCUCUUUGGGCCGCCUGGCACGGGCAAGUCCUACCUGGCCAAGGCUGUGGCCACCGAGGCCAACAACUCCACCUUCUUCUCUGUGUCAUCCUCUGACCUGAUGUCGAAGUGGCUGGGGGAGAGCGAGAAGCUGGUGAAGAACCUGUUUGAGCUGGCGAGGCAGCACAAACCCUCCAUCAUCUUCAUCGAUGAGGUGGACUCUCUGUGUGGCUCUCGCAAUGAGAACGAGAGUGAGGCAGCUCGGCGCAUCAAGACCGAGUUCCUGGUGCAGAUGCAAGGAGUGGGAAACAACAGCGACGGGAUCCUGGUGCUGGGUGCCACCAACAUCCCCUGGGUGCUGGACUCAGCCAUCAGGAGAAGGUUCGAGAAGAGGAUCUACAUCGCCUUGCCCGACGAGGCAGCGCGGGCCCAGAUGUUCCGGCUGCACCUGGGGAACACCCCGCACUCCCUGACCGACGCCAACAUCCAGGAGCUCGCCCGCAAGACCGAGCGCUACUCGGGGGCCGACAUCAGCAUCAUCGUGAGGGACGCCCUGAUGCAGCCCGUGCGCAAGGUGCAGUCGGCCACACACUUCAAGAAGGUCUGUGGCCCCUCCCGCACCACCCCCGGUGCCCUCGUGGAUGAUCUCCUGACGCCAUGCUCGCCUGGUGACCCUGGGGCCAUCGAGAUGACCUGGAUGGAGGUGCCCAGUGACAAGCUGAUGGAGCCCAUUGUCUGCAUGUCAGACAUGCUGCGCUCGCUGGCCACCACCCGCCCCACCGUCAAUGAUGAGGAUCUCCUCAAAGUGAAGAAAUUCACGGAGGACUUUGGACAGGAAGGUUGAGAAAGGGCAUGGGGGGUGUGGGGUUUUGGGGCAGCUGCAGGCCCCGCUGUGCCCCCCUCCCCAGCCGUGCCAAACCGACUCAUGAUCGCUCACUCCUGCCCCACUGCACUGCAGCACCCGGCAGGCGCGGGGACACGGCCCGGGGGGCUCACACUACGGGGGGUGGGUCUGAGCAUGGCCUGGGCGGCCGGGUCCUCCCCCCUGGCUGCACCCCACUCUUCUUCUUGCUCUUUUUUUAUUUUUUAACUUAAUGCUGCUUUGGGUUCUGUCUUGUUUAUAUGAAAAUAAAAACAAUCUGAGAGCUUCA